AUGCCGAGACUAACCUCAUCACCUCCUCAUAUUCACUUCUUCUUCUACAUCCCGUGUCUCGUCUUCCUCUGCUCCCUCUCCCAUGAUGCAGAGUCUCAAAUCCAAGAUCAAGAACAGCAAGUCCUCUUGAAGCUGAGGCAAUCCUGGCAGGACCCAUCUUCCCUCGACCACUGGGUCACCUCCAAUUCAUCCUCCCACUGCACAUGGCCUGAGAUCACCUGCCUAGAUAACUCAAUCACCGUGCUCAAUCUUGUCAACCUGAACAUAAAUUAUUCGAUCCCCCCAUUCAUCUGCGACCUCAAGAACCUGACCAAGCUCGAUCUCUCCUACAACAAUAUUCCUGGAGAGUUUCCAACAGUUCUCUAUUACUGUUCCGAGCUCACGUACCUUGACCUGUCCCAGAAUUACUUCGAAGGUCGUAUUCCAUCCAAUAUCGACCACAUGGCCAAUCUUCAGGUCCUGAUUCUCGCCGCCAACAGCUUCUCAUUUGACGUCCCAGCAUCGAUUGCGAGGCUGCGGAGGCUGAGGAUCCUUCACCUUUACCAGUCCGAGUACAAUGGCACUUACCCUGAAGAGAUUUUUGGCCUGUCUGAUCUCAAAGAACUAAGGCUCGAGGACAACAACAAGUUUGUGCCAUCGCAGCUACCGCAGAACUUCACUGCCCUGAAGAAGCUACGGUUCUUCUUGAUGGCACAAACGAACCUGAUUGAUGGAAUCCCAGAGACUAUUGGGAAUAUGGAGGCUCUUGAGCACUUGGAUUUGGGGAUGAAUCUACUGACGGGAGAGAUCCCGGGCAGCAUUUUCACUCUGAGGAACUUGAGCGAGUUGUACGUGUACGAGACUAAUGUGUCCGAGUCAAUCCCUCAGGCAGUCAGCGCCACCAACCUGCGCGUGAUUGAUCUGUCUUUAAAUAAUUUGAUGGGGAACAUACCUGAAGUUUUUGGACAGCUCAAGAAUCUAUACUGCUUGAAUUUGGAGUUCAAUCAAGUUAUUUUGAAGUCUCAAAUCCAAGAUCAAGAACUGCAAGUCCUCUUGAAGCUCAGGCAAUCCUGGCAAGCCCCAUCGCCCCUCGAUCACUGGGUGGCCUCCAAUUCAUCCUCCCACUGCGCAUGGCCCGAGAUCAAAUGCCAAGAAGGCUCGAUCACCGAGCUCAAUCUUGUCGACCUGAACAUAAACUAUUUGAUCCCCCCGUUCAUCUGUGACCUCAAGAAUCUGACCAAGCUCGAUCUCUCCUACAACAAUAUUCCUGGAGAGUUUCCCACUGUUCUCUACAAUUGUUCCAAGCUCGUGUACCUCGACCUGUCCCAGAAUUACUUCAAAGGUCCUAUUCCAUCCGAUAUCGAUUGCAUGGCCAAUCUUCAGGUCCUGAUUCUUGCCGCCAACAGCUUCUCGUUUGACGUUCUGGCAUCGGUAGCGAGGCUGCGGAGGCUGAGGAUCCUUCACCUUUACAUGUCUGAGUACAACGGCACAUACCCUGAAGAGAUUUUUGGCCUCUCCGAUCUCGAAGAACUGAGGCUCGAGUACAACAAGAAGUUCGUGCCAUCACAGCUACCGCAGAACUUCACUGUCCUAAAGAAGCUGCGGCUCUUCUCAAUGGCGCAGACAAACCUUUAUGGUGGAAUCCCGAAGACGGUCAGCGAUAUGGAGGCUCUUGAGCACUUGAAUUUGGGGAUAAAUCCACUGACUGGAGAGAUCCCGGGCAGCAUUUUUGCUCUGAGGAACUUGAGCGACUUGUACGUGUACGAGACUAAUGUGUCCGGGUCGAUCCCUCAGGCAGUCAGUGCCGCAAACCUGAGCGUGAUCGAUCUGUCUUUAAAUAAUUUGAUGGGGAACAUACCUGAAGUUUUUGGACAGCUCAAGAAUCUAUACUGCUUGAAUUUGGAGUUCAAUCAAUUGUCUGGCGGAAUCCCGGAAGGUAUCGCCAGUCUUCCCGCUUUGUCUGAUAUCAGGCUGUCCAACAACAAUCUAUCGGGCACGAUCCCCCCGGACUUCGGCAAGUUUUCCCCACUCAGAAGAUUCGAAGUGGCCUUCAACAACUUGACCGGUGCAUUUCCAGAACAACUGUGCCAUGGGGGCACGCUGUUUGGGUUGGCCACUAUGGACAACAAUCUCAGCGGGGAGUUGCCGGAGUCACUUGGAAAUUGCAGUACUUUGCUCGAAGUGAUGCUGAACAACAAUGGAUUCACAGGCAAUGUGCCUGGAGGACUCUGGAUGUCGCGGAACUUGACGGCCUUGCUCUUGAGUGGUAAUGGAUUAACUGGCGAGCUUCCCAAGGAGCUGUCCCCAAACCUCACUCGGAUCAAUCUGAGCAACAACAAAUUCUUCGGCAAGAUUCCGAGGACGGUGUCUUCGUGGAGGAACUUGGUGGUGUUCGAUGCUAGUAAUAACCUCCUCAGUGGCACGGUUCCGGCUGAAUUGACCGUGCUUCCUAAGCUGACGAGGCUUUUGCUCGGUCAGAACGAGCUCUCCGGGAUUCUUCCCACAGACAUCGUUUCAUGGAAAUCCUUGACCACUCUGAAUCUUAGUCACAAUAAGAUCUCGGGACCGAUUCCAAGCGAAAUCGGUCUUCUACCUGUACUCACGCAGUUGGAUCUGUCUGACAACCAACUGUCCGGCUUGAUUCCUCCUGAAAUCGGCCAACUGAAUCUGAACCGUCUGAAUUUAUCCUCCAAUCGCCUCAGGGGACCAAUCCCGGCCAAGUUAGAGAACGCCUCAUACUACACCAGUUUCCUGAACAACCCCGGGCUCUGUGCAUCCAAUUCGUUCAUGAGGAUCAAUGUCUGCAACACCCAAUCCCGUAGAUCGAGCAAAACCAAUCUCAAAUUGAUCGUGAUCUUGGCCAUUGCAGCGGCGACGUGUGUUUUGUUGGUGGUGCUAUUCAUGAUCAGAGCUUCCAGAAAUAACACGGACCAGUUCGAUUCAAUCCUGCAAGUGCUCGAGUUUGUCGUAAGUGCUGUUGUUAAUGUUCUUACUGCGGUUUGA